AUGGCUAAGCCUAAGGUCUGUUUGGCUUACUCUGGAGGACUCGACACCAGUGUCAUCCUCAAAUGGCUCAUUGAGCAGGGAUACGACGUCGUUGCUUUCAUGGCCGACGUCGGACAAAACGAAGACUUCGGUGCUGCUGAAAAGAAGGCCCUCGCCAUCGGCGCCGUCAAGUUUGUUGUCGAGGAUCUCAAGCGCGAAUUCGUCGAAGAACUAUGCUUCCGAGCUAUCCAAUGCAAUGCCAUUUUCGAAGACCAAUACCUGCUCGGAACAUCAUUGGCUCGUCCGGUCAUUGCCCGUGCUCAGAUGCGCGUGGCUCAGCAGAACGAAUGUAUUGCCGUGUCGCAUGGCUGCACCGGCAAGGGAAAUGACCAGGUCCGAUUCGAGUUGGCGUUCUAUGCUAUCCAGCCAACCAUCAAAGUCAUUGCUCCAUGGCGACUGCCAGAAUUUUUCGAGCGUUUCGCUGGCCGAAAUGACUUGCUUGAUUACUCUGCCAAAGUCGGUAUUCCUGUGACAUCCACCAAGGCCAAGCCCUGGAGUAUGGACGAGAACCUGGCACACUGCUCAUACGAAGCCGGUAUUCUGGAAGAUCCGAACAUCACUCCCCCAGCUGACAUGUGGAAAUUGACCGAUUCUCCUCUCGACGCUCCUAACACUCCCGAGGAAUUCACCCUCUCUUUCGAGAAGGGUAUCCCAUCCAAACUCGUCACUUCCUCCGGCCAGACCGUCACUGGAUCUCUGGAUAUCUUCACAACAUUGAACGCUGUCGGCCGCAAGCACGGUAUUGGCCGGGUGGACAUUGUCGAGAACCGCUUCAUCGGCAUCAAAUCGCGAGGCUGCUACGACUCGCCUGCGAUGACCAUCCUCCGUGCCGCACACGUUGACCUGGAAGGAUUGGUGUUGGACCGUGAAGUCCGCUCCCUGCGUGACCAGUUCGUGACCUUUACCUGGUCCAAGCUCCUGUACAACGGACUCUACUUCUCUCCCGAGCGUGAGUUCAUUGAGAAGAGCGUGGUUGCUAGUCAGGACACAGUCAACGGAACCGUCCGCCUUUGCGCCUACAAGGGCGCAGUCUCUGUCCUUGGUCGCUUCAGUGAGACUGAGAAGCUAUACAGCGCCGAGGAGAGCAGCAUGGACACCUUGACCGAUUUCAGCCCCGUCGACACCACUGGUUUCAUCGGCAUUUCCAAGAUCCGUCUCGCCAAGUACGGUCAGGCCAAAGCCGAUGCUGGCGAGAGCUUGAGCCGGGCAUAG